UUGUACUUGCAUUCUGCAUGAGCCAGCGAGAGAGCCGGCAUUUUAAUUAGAGAGAGCAAAGAAGCAAAUAUAUCAUUAAUAUAUAUAUAUAGCUAGCAAGGGUUUCUAAUUAAGAGACCCCUGCUUCUAUAGCUUCAUUUUAUAUAUUUUAAGUAGCUAUAUAUAUAGCUGCUAGCCAUGGCUGUCUUUGACAUUCACCAUCCUUGGGCGUUUACAUUUGGUGUUCUAGGUAACAUCAUAUCAGUCUUCGUGUACCUGGCUCCUCUGCCCACAUUUUUUCGAAUUUAUAAGGAAAGAUCAACAAUGGGAUUCGACUCACUACCUUAUGUGGUUGCACUUUUCUCUGCCAUGUUGUGGAUGUAUUAUGCAUUCCUCAAGACAAACGCGAUUCUUCUAAUCUCCAUCAACUUAUUUGGAUGCGUUAUCGAGGCUAUUUACAUUUUCAUAUACCUCUUUUAUGCAUCAAAAAAGGCCAGGACUCAUACUGCCAAGCUGUUGAGCCUCAUCAAUGUGGGACUAUUGGCUUUGAUUUUUCUGCUCACAUUCUUCAUAUUCAAAGGUCCAAUUCGAGUUCAUGUAGUUGGAUGGAUAUGCGUUGCUGUCUCUGUGAGCGUUUUUGCAGCACCGUUAACCAUUGUGUUUCAAGUUGUCCGAACACGCAGUGUUGAAUUCAUGCCAUUUCCCUUGUCAUUUUUCUUGACACUGAGUGCAGUCAUGUGGUUUGCCUAUGGUCUAUUUCAGAAGGAUUUAUGUGUUGCGCUGCCAAAUGUGUUGGGAUUUUUCCUGGGGCUGUUACAAAUGUUGCUCUAUGGGAUUUUCCGAAAUGUGAAGCCAGAAAAUGAGGACAAAAAAUUGCCAGAGCAUGUAAUAAACAUCAUGGUGCUAGGGACCCCUGAAGUGCAUCCAGUUGACUCUCAAAAUUGUCCAGACAAGAUUGGUGUUAGCCAAGAGGAGAACAAGGAUGAAGAGGAUGAAGCUCAAGAGAACUGUGUACCUUGUGCAAUAAGCCUUGAACCAAGCCAAGUGAACGUGCAGCUGGAAUCACCUGUACUUGUUGUUUGUGCUGCUUGAGAAAUGCAGCUUUAUUCAUUUGAUUCACAUAUUCACUUUUCUCUAUCCACCAGCCCAAUUUCUACCGUUGUAAGAGCCUUU